UUUUCGCUCAUAAACCCUUAUUGAGAGAAAAAAAGAAGAAGAAAAGAGAAGCAUAAACCUUUCUCGUGGUGGAAGCUAUCUAGGGUUUCGUUCGCUUUGAAUUUUGAACCAUGGAAGAAGAAAUCGAAGUGAACAAAUCCGACGAAGAUUUCAGCAAUUCAAUCCUCUCUGAAUUCGGAAGCUCCACCAACGAAAGCCACCGGCACCUCUGCAUCGCCGUCGGAUCAAUAUCAGAGGUGAUCAAAACACAGAAUCUACCUUCUUCACCGGUUGUAUACUUGGCCUACACUCUUUCUUCCCUCACUAUCAUCUCAAAUGGAGCUAACCCUGUCCCUAUCUCUGAUAACAUCCUCUUUGACGUGUUUCUCAAACUUCUCUCUCUUGUCAUUGUUAAAGUGCCUGUUGAUGUUGUCAGGAAGACCAGAGAGUCUUCGUCGCAGCUUAUUGCCACGGUUAUUGUCUUUCCAUCCAUCUCUGAGACUGCAGUUGUUGAUGGAUUCAAGUGCCUUGAGCAUUUGUUCAACAAUGGAGAAGAAGAUAUUGUUCUUCCUUCUCAUGAUUCUCCGCUGUUCAAUGUAUUGUCAAAGUUUCUUACCGAUUCCAGACCUCAUGUUCGAAGGCAAUGUCAUUUGUGUCUCCGAAAUAUCUUGAUAAACUUCCAAAAGUCUCCGCUACUAGGAUCUGCAAGCGAAAGUGUUAUAAACUUGCUUGAAAAGGUUCCAUUGCUUGCUGGUGGAGCAAAUGCAAAUGCUGAUGAAGGAACUAAGGGAGCCCAACAGGUUUUAUAUAUUCUUGAUGCCUUGAAAGAAUGUCUUCCUUUGUUGUCGCUAAAAUACAAGAACAACAUUCUUAAGCAUUUCAAAUGCAAAUGCUGGUGAAGGAACUAAGCUUAUUAUGAUCAAUCGGAUCCGAACAUACUAUAGUAGAAUCCAUAGUUUCACAUGAUCUAAUUGUGAAAAGGCAACUGAACCAUGGUGGGAAAAGAUUGUACUUAUUCAUAGUAAAUGCCACCUGGUUUUGUUAACAUUGGCCAUAGCAGGUUUGGCUGGUUUAAUUUUUUGUUGCUAUCUUUGGAAUGUAAAUCAUAUAAUAUUGUGGUGUUAAAAUGGUAGCUUAUGAAGUUUGAAGUUUCCAAUUGGCUAAACCAUGUGUAAUUUUGUAGAAAUGGAUUAUGGAACUGAUAUUGGCAGUUGUAAAUUCUAUUAACAAGUGAAAGUAGGAGGUGGUGGGUUGAUUGGUCUGCA